UGAUAAAAUUUUGAAAUUUAUUCUUUCUCCUUUUUUUCGCAUGAUAAAUUUAUAUAACUAAAGAAAAUAAAUGUCGGUAAGAAAAGAAAAGGAACAAUAACUAACUUAAGUCUUUGCAAUUUAGUGAUCUGCAUUCUAUAAAUAUGUAGCUAAGGUUCCAACCACAAAGCAUGCACAAAAUAGCGGGAAACAAUGAGUCUGGGCUGUAAGAAGAAUUCUUUGCUCUUUCUCAUCUUUUUAGCCUUUGCCUCACAAUACUCACAUUCAGCACAGCUGCCACACCGGUGCCUCGACAACCAGAAAGCAACAUUGCUGCAGCUGCAGAAGGAUGUCCUCAGCCACAACUCAUCCACUGUCACGUUCGAUGAUAACUCUUCAAUGGUGGUGGCAAAAUGGGACAACAAAACGGAUUGCUGCUCGUGGGAUGGUGUGACAUGCGACCAUUCUGGCAACGUCGUUGGCCUGAACCUCAGCUAUAGCAGCCUCUCAGGCCAUAUCGAUGCCAUAAUCAAUCUACGCCACCUUCAGCGUCUCAACCUGGCUGGAAACAAUUUCCAGCUGACCCCAAUCCCUUCAGGUUUCGAGAGGCUCUCCAACUUAACUCACCUGAAUCUUUCUUUUUCCUGUUUCUCUGAUCAAAUACCAGCAGGGAUUUCGAGUUUAGUGAGGCUGGAAUCUCUUGAUCUCUCCACAAUAUUUUUCUGUGAGCUGCCCCCGACCUUCAAUGAUCCGGACUUCAACCGCCCAUUUGCUUUCGAGGAGCGCCAUAGGCUGAGGCUUGAGAGACCAAACCUUGAGUCCUUUGUUAGAAAUCUGAGAGCACUAACAGAACUCAAUCUUGAUUAUGUUGAUCUUUCAGCUCAAGGCUCGAGCUGGUCUCAAGCGCUGUCAGUACUUCCUAAUCUUAAAUUCUUGAGUUUGUCAAACUGCAAGCUCUCAGGUCCUAUCCACACUUCGUUUCAAAAUCUCAAGUCUUUAAACUCUCUCAAGCUUCAGUACAACAAUCUCUCCUCUGAGGUACCCCAUUUUCUAGUCACUUUCAGGGAUUUGCGGGUUUUGAACCUCGCUUCCACCCAACUUUAUGGGAACUUUUCUCCAAAUGUUUUCCUAUUACCAAAACUAGAAACCAUUGAUUUGAGCAAAAAUCCACUCCUGACAGGCGAAUUGCCUGAAUUUCCUUUGAAGAGUUCAUUGAAAUGGGUUGCUCUAUAUGAGACGACCUUCCGUGGAAAAUUGCCAGAUUCAAUUGGUAAUUUGAAGUUGGUGACAAGUUUGCUUCUCUACACCUGCAACUUUUCGGGUCUGAUCCCACCAUCAUUUGCAAACCUCACUAGUGCAACUGAAGUAGACAUUAGCUAUAAUAACAUCGAGGGUUCAAUCCCGGGUUUCAGGGGUAGCACUGUUCCAAACCUUCAAGACCUUCGUUUAUCUUUCAAUCGCCUAACAGGCCCAAUAGAUCCUCUUAUUUUCACACUUCCAUCCCUAAAAAUUCUGUACUUAAACGACAACCGUUUGAGUGGAGAACUUGGGGAAUUUUCAGCCUCCUCUUCAGUACUGGAGCAGCUGUAUCUAGACAGGAACAACCUGAGUGGGGAGAUACCAACAUCAAUGAGUGCAAUCCCAAAUCUCAUUUUUCUUUCACUUGCUAGUAACAAAUUCGCAGGCUCCAUGAAGCUGGAGGCGUUCCAGCAUCUCAGCAACUUAACAAGCCUCGACCUUUCUUUCAAUAGCUUAAACAUCAGAAGUGAUGAUCCAGAUUUGAUGUUUCCAAGCCUGGAGGACCUAAAGUUGAGCAGAUGCAACUUGACAGAAUUCCCAACUUUCCUCAAGAAACAACAACUGCUGAGGACUCUGAAUCUUUCAAACAAUCGAAUCCAAGGGUAUGUUCCUGACUGGUUGUGGACUAGCUCUCUUAAUGAGCUGGAUCUUUCAGACAAUGGUGUACACUUUCCAAAAGAAUCUAGUCGGGGUGGCCGAGGAAACAGCACAUUUUCUCUAUUUUUGGGUAAACUGGUGAUGCGCUCCUGCUCCGUUUUCAAGUUUCCAGAUUUUCUGCAACGGUUAGACACCCUAUGGUACCUUGACCUUUCAGACAACAAAAUAAAGGGCCAAGUACCCAACUGGAUUUGGAAGAGCACCCUUCAAUACGUCAACAUUUCACACAACAGUCUCGAUUCUAUGGAAGAAUUCCUCCCCAAUGUCUCCUUGACUUCAUUGGAGACUCUUGAUCUUCGGGGCAAUCUGCUUCAGGGAUCACUUCCAGCUGGGAUCUGCAGCUCGAGCAGCCUGUCCAUUCUUGACGCUUCUCAGAAUCACCUAAGUGGAUCAAUCCCCGAAUGUCUAGGCUUGAUGUCCAAUCUCACUGUCUUAAACUUGCGCAGGAACAAAUACCGGCAUAUCCCUCCAGAGUUUGCAUUAGCCAGCAGCCUGAGGUCUCUGAAUAUCAACAACAAUCUCUUGGAAGGCAAGCUGCCAAGGUCAUUACAAAACUGUAAAAUGCUCGAGGUGUUGGAUCUUGGAAACAACAUGAUCACAGAUGUGUUUCCCUUAUGGCUAGAGAAACUUCCCAACUUGAGAGUUCUGGUCUUGAGGAACAACAAUCUCAACGGUCAAAUACGACUUCCAAGGAGAAACUUCUCUCUCCCAAAAUUGGGGAUAAUAGACCUAUCAUCCAACCAGUUCACUGGAGAUUUGCCAGGAGAAUUGCUUGGCAGUCUGGACGAGAUGUUGAUGAACAGAGAAAUCAAGUCUGCAAACCUGAAAACAAUAGGGCAAUAUGAGUACUAUCAAGAUUCAGUGACAAUUAUGAGUAAAGGUAAUGAAAUGGUGCUUGUGCGGAUACUGACCAUUUUCGUAUCUCUUGAUUUGUCCAACAACAGGUUCCAUGGGAAGAUUCCCAGUGAGAUUGGGAGCCUAAAAUCACUGGUUGUCCUCAACUUGUCAAGAAAUGGUUUUGAUGGAAGAAUCCCUUCAUCACUUGGUGACUUGGUUGAGCUCGAAUCCUUAGACCUCUCAAAUAACAGACUCACCGGAAUAAUUCCUCAGCAGCUUACCGGCCUGACUUUCCUGUCCGUUCUUAAUGUAUCAAACAACAAUUUGACAGGGCUUAUACCGAAAGGAUACCAGUUUGAUACCUUCACAAAUGACUCCUAUCUUGGGAACACUGGAUUGUGUGGAGAGCCACUGUCAAGAAGUUGUUCAGAGCCUAAUGGAGGCUCCACACAGACACCUCCUUCACAGGGUGAUAGUUCUGGAAAAGAGAGCUUAUUCGACUGGAGAUUCGCAGGAUCAGGUUAUGCAGGUGGAUUAGUUGCUGGACUUGCACUCGGGUAUGCAUUUAUUCCAGAUUUUCAAUAUCAUAGACGCCGUUUGCAACUCAAAAGAAAGAUCAGAAGACGAGGCAGAUAGUCAACUUAAUCUGAAUCUUGUCUUGAGCCAAAGACAAGCGAGAAAAGAGUCAUCCUGAUAGCUGCAAAUUCAAGAAUAUACAUUUGAUCUUAAAAGAUGAUGCACAAUGAAUUGUAUCGACUACUAGUUAGUACAUCAAGCUUCCAUUAAAAAUAACGUUAUCUUUUAUUUUGAAA